AUGCCUGAGUUAGGUAUGAGAUUCUCUGAUCGAGAUGAACUGAUACACAUGUUAACAAAUUAUGUUGUGUCAAAGGGUUAUGCUUUGUGGUAUGAAAAAAAUGAGGCAACAACAUUGUUAGUAAGGUGCAGUAAAAAUGAAAAAGGGAAGCCAUCUUGCCCUUUUAGACUAUGGGCUAGUCCUAUGAACAAGGAAAAUUCAUUCCAGAUCAAGUCACUAAUUGAUAAGCAUAAUUGUGCUAGACAACAAAAAUUGGGGUGUCUUGUUACGUAUAAGUGGAUUGGAAAAAUGUUAAUACCUGGCAUUUUGGAAAGGCCUCGGUUUAGCUAUAGGAAAAUGGCAGAAGUGGUUAGGAAAGACUAUGGUCUCAAGGUACGUCUUGGGCAGUGUAGAAAUGCCAAGUACUUUGCACUAGAUGAGAUUUCAGGCAAUUUGGUAGGCCAUUAUGAGAAACUGUUGAAUUAUGGUGUUGAGUUAUUGAGGGUUAAUCUUGGGUCAACAGUCUUGAUUGAGACAAAUCAUAUGCCUGAUGCUACACACUACUUCAAAAUGAUAGGUGAGUUGUUAACAGCCGUCGGUAGGGACACAAACAACCAAAUGUACCCUCUAGCAUGGGCUGUUUUGCCAGUUGAAAACAAGGAAACUUGGAUGUGGUUCAUUGAUCUUCUACUUGAGGACAUUGAGAUGUGA